AUGUUGUCUCGAGCUGAUUAUCAAGUCUAUACGACGGGAGGUUUCGCUGCUAUAGGUGGUUUUCUUUUUGGCUAUGAUUUAGGCGUGAUCUCUGGCGUAAUCGUAAUGUCAAAUUUUCUUGUUGCUUUUGGAGGCGAAGCAAGUCUGGCUCGAGGUUCAUUGACAAGUGCUGUUUCGGGAUCAAUUGUAGGUGUAAUGUCAAUUGGCUGCUUCAUUGGUGCUCUCAUGGCCGGUCAAGCGAGUGAUAAACUCUCACGAAAAUAUUCAAUUGUUGUCUUUUCAGCUAUUUUCAUAGUGAGCAGUGUAUUGCAGGCAGGUUCUAUCAAUUUAACCAUGUUACUUGUAUCUCGUCUAAUUGCUGGUGUCAGUGUUGGUGCAUUAUCGAUGAUCGUACCUGUUUAUCAAUCAGAAAUUUCUACAAAAGAAAUUCGAGGACGACUCGUUUCGCUUCAACAAUGGGCUAUUACCAUAGGAAUUGCAGUUAGCUUCUGGACUAAUUAUGGCACUGAUAUGCUUCUUUCAUCUAGUAGUGCAUCAUGGCGAAUUCCACUUGGUCUUCAAAUGGUUCCAGCAUUGAUUUUGGCUAUUGGUAUUCCAUUUUUUCCAUUUUCGCCUCGCUGGUUGAUGGCAAAUGGUCGUGAAAAGGAAGCACUGGCUGUUCUCAAUAAAAUACGUUCAUCCUCUCAACAAGACAUACUCAUUGAAUAUAACGAAAUCAAACAGGAGAUCGCUUUCGAGCGUGAUCAGUCGAUUCGUUCUUAUUAUCAACUCUUACGUUUUCCACUUCGCCGACGUCUAAUUCUCGGCAUUACUAUUCAAAUCUUGCAACAAUUUACUGGAAUGAAUUCAAUUAUGUACUAUGCACCUUCGAUAUUUAAGCAAGCUGGUUUAUCUGGUCAGCGUGCUGCUUUACUAGCAACUGGAAUCAAUGGAUGCGUCAAUGUUCUAGCCACUAUUCCUGCUAUUCUAUUUCUUGAUAAAUGGGGUCGCCGACCUAUACUCAUUUCUGGUGCUAUACUCAUGAGUUUAUCAAUGUUUACUAUGGGCAUUACCAUGGGCGUGCAUGGACAUCCAUUGUUCAAUUCAACAACAGGCACUGUCGAACUUAAUGGUCAUUAG